AUGUGGACGAAUUUAAGCAAUGCACACAUAGUUUAGGCCACUCCCUCUGACAGGAAGUGAAAUGUGGAACCGCAACUGAAUGACAGAAGAAAGAUCUCACAUCUGGAGCUUUUAGAUCACUUAUAGCUCACAGAAGGCUCCACUGCCACCCAAACAAGGACUGCUGGAUAAUGGCUGCUCUCAGGGGUUUUCUUGCUCUUGCCGUCUGUCUCUUACUGGGUCAUCAAACGUUUGCCAAAAACGAUGCUCCCUGCCAGCUCUCCAAAUGGAACAACGGCUACAACACCUUCGUCAAACGCCACAUUCGUGAUGGCACUCCCGCUUCUCUCAACAACAACGAAUGGGAGAAGUACAUCAAGAAUAACGGGGGCUGUGACAGACCCACCCAGUCCUUCCUCCAUCCAAAAGACCUGGACAGGGUGAAGGAUGUGUGCACAAACAGAGGGGGGAAGACAUACAAGGAGAACCUGUGCAUCAGUAAGCAGCCUUUCACUUUUGUCACUGUGAGGAGUCAACCGGGGACAUGUGGCAUCAAGAGCAUCCGAGAGGAAACCAAACAUCUGAUCCUCGCCUGUGAAGUGCUGGACAAUCAGUGCCUGCCAGUCCAUUUCGAGGGAAACCCUGAUCAUUUAAAGCCAAACAACAACGCCAAAGGCUGCCAGGACCCACAAACUGGAGAUCAUGCUCCCAGCUUUAAAAUGACGUGGUUCUGGUUGUUAUCUGCUCUACUUGUUGGCCUUUUUAUUUAUGGCUAUUAACUUUUUUUAAAUUUGAAAAUCUAGAUAAGACAAUGAAGUUUUUAUCAGAGGACAUUUUGCUCUUUGGAGUUGUCUGCUGAACACAUUUGAGCAAAACCCUGAAAUUAAAUUUGAGAAGUUUUUGAUUUUAAAAACAGUAUUACAUUUUUUCAACAAUCAUAUAUUUUGAAAGAAGUUAAAAAAUUUUAAAACUAUUUUUUGUAACAAAAGUUCCCAGUUUUAUAGGCUUUGUGCUUGUGUAUCUGUGAGUUUGUUUUUAAUAGUUGUGCUUGCAUCUGUAAAUGAAAUUAAAUGAAAUGGCAUUAGAGCACCAACCCUUUCAUUAUCUCUCAAAGUUGCAGCUUGGGCAUGGAUGACCCAGAUCUGAUGCUGAAUUCAUGCACUGUGUUUAAUGUAGUUUACAUUAAAAGGGCACAAAUAAAAUUGCCAUAGAAAAAGGGAUUUAAUGCAUUUAAUACAUUUAUUGUAUGAUUUAAUAAACAGAAUUCAGAUAUUAACAUA